ACGACUGUGACAUGGCCGCCUCGCAGGAGACAAGGUGGGGCUAUGAAUGGAGAUCAGAUGCCAAAAUUCUAUGCCCUUAACCCUCGGACAGUGACACUAGAGCAAGAAGCUGUUUGGCACCUGUUGGCCAACAGCAUCGACAACACGAAGCGAAGACCAAAGCUCCGCUGGACGUUUCUGGCCUGGCCGAGCCCUGGAACCCCGCCCUUUGUGAGGUGGCCCGGGAGUGGGCGCUCCCGUCCUUCUGCCGGGGGAGGGGCAGGCAGAAGCCAGAGGACAGGGACCUGAAUAGGAGAUGGUUCUCGCCAUGCUGGGGGCUCUGCGUCCCAGGGCUGGGCUGAGCCUCUUCCUCCUCUACCUCCUCCUGGCAGCUGCACUCCUCCGCCCCCAGCCACUGAGGCCUCAGCGAUCUGUUCCUGAAGAAUUUUCAGCCCCUCUGGAACUCUCGCAGCCACUUUCCGGCCUAGUGGAUGACUAUGGGGUUCGACCCAAGCACCCCUGGCCACGAGGGCCUCGACCCCUCCUCUCCCAGGCCCAGCAGCGCAAGCGGGAUGGGCCAGACAUGGCCGAGUAUUACUAUGACGCGCACCUGUGACUGGCGCCCCUUAUAAAGCUGUUCUGUGCAGCCACGGCUUGGGCCUUCCUGACACGGACG